UUUCUGUAUUAUUAAUAUUUUGAAUCCUUUAAUAACUAAUCAGAGGCGUUUGAUUUCUAAUAUGUUCAAAUAUGAUAGUAAUAAAUGUAUGUUAUUAAUGUUCAUUUGGGAAUGAACAGUUUUCUCAUCUUAAUAAUUAUAUUAGCGGCGCUGGUCAUUCCCCAAUGACCAUUACUGAACAAAUCUAUGCAAUGAAUGCAAAAUAUCAAUUCCCAAGCAUUAGAUUCCAAAAGUCAUGGAUUUUUUUUAUCUGAACUUUUACUCGUUACUGGACGGUGACUAACAAUUACAAACUUUUAAUUAUGCACGGGCAAAACAGCAGCGUUUUUCUGUGGGCGAGAACUGCAUUAAAUGCUACUGUUGUGGCUUUUUUAUAUUAGAGGAUAGAUAUGAAAACAUGACCUGAGCUACAAAAUAAAAAAUAGUACUCCGUAACAAUUUAAAAAUGAAAUCUUUAAUUUUAAAUUUAUCACAAUCCUUCAACUUUUAUAGUACAAAUUAACAGCUGAAAACUUGAGUGGAAGGGGACAUGGAUUCAUCAGAGAGGUCGGAUACUACAGUCUCCGGUGCCGGUGACGAUAAUCAACAAUCUGAACGGCCGGGGAACUCUCACGUCGAAGGUGCCGCCGAUGCCGAGAAUCGGAAUGGGGAACUGCGAACGGCGUCGUUUGGUAAGAACGAGAUGCUGAAAGCCCUCGAAGUCGUGGAGAGAGACUCUAUGGCCAUCGCCCAGAGCUUCACUAGCCUCUUCGCCUCCCUCCGUACGACCCUCUCUGAGGCUACUAGCAAUUCAAUCGAGCAUAUGAGCUGUUUCAAUGAUGCAGCUGGCCGCCUUCAAGAAUGUGCACUUGAUGCAGCAACCAGGGGGAAUCGGUAUAUAAAUUCUAGCCUCAGAUUGAAUGAGGAAAUGAAAGGAAUUGAGAAUCUUGCUGGACAACUUAAAAUCCUUCGGCGGAACGUAGAUGCACUAGACACAGCUGUGAACAGGCUCACGCGUUUUCCAUGAUUCGAUUUGUUUUUGAUGAUUUAGUGAAAUUGUGAAAUGUUUACACUGCUCCAGUUCUACAUGGCUUUGUUCUGGUAGUUGGUGUAUAGGAAGUAGUUAAAAUCCUGGUUUGAGAUGGACAGGUAGUGUACCAGCACUUAAUGCAAUCAUUGUAGUAAUGCUGGCCAUUGGCCCAUUGAGGAAACAACUAUUCUUGCAGAUGGUUGACUAGUCUUGGGCAAAUUAUUGUGUGGACCGAGUAAAAAAAAUUAUAAUUUAUGUAUUGAAUGUUCACAAUUUA